AUGGAGCAAGCAUUUCUUCGAUUGGAGCAAGGUGAAAGGAGUGUUAGGGAGUACGAAUCAGAAUUUCUCAAGCUCAGUCGAUACAUCUACUACGAGGACGGAGAUCAAGCGGUGUUAGUUCGUAAGUUCUUACGAGGUCUUAAGCCAGAGAUCGGGAGUUGUCUACAAGCCGUCAACUUUGUGAGUUUGUUCGAGUUAAUAGAGAAAGCAGUCAACGUGGAGGAGAUGGUAGCAGCUGAAUGUGAACCAACCAUUGGAUCAAACCCCAAACCUCAGAGCAGUCAGUCCAAGGAUGAUAAGUUGCGAACCAACCAGAAGAAAGGAAGAAAGGGUCAGUUCAAACGACAUGGAAAGAAGCCGAAGGCACAGGUGACAUGCUACAAUUGUGGUCAGUUGGGACAUUACUCUCGUGAAUGCACCAACUCAACGGCUGAGAAGACGGAUUGGAAGGCAUCGGUUACUUGCUACAGCUGUGGAGAGAAAGGUCAUUUUGCCAACGAGUGUACUGUGAACCGUCCAGGACAGGGAAGAGGAUCGUCUGCGCGUACCCAACCAAACCGACCGACCAGAGAACACCCAGCCGGGCGUCCUGCAUCCGAAGGGAGAGUCUAUGCCUUGGAGAUGGAGGAAACUCCAUCUAGUGCUCCGGGACCGUCGAGAGGUCCUGUGACAGGAUCAUUGUUGGUUGGUGGAACCCCUGCUGUUGUUUUGUUUGAUUCGGGAGCCACCCAUAAUUUUCUGAACCCAGUAGUAGCCUCUAGAUUUGUAGGAACCCUUGUGACCCGUGAUAUUGAUAUCUCGGUGUUAACCCCUGGAGGCCAAACCUUGAAAGCUGAAAAGGUGUUGUUGGAUGUGCCUAUUGUGCUUUUACACGCAACCCUUUUAGCCAACCUAGUGGUCAUGCCCUUAGAAGAUUUCGAGGUUAUUUUAGGAAUGGAUUGGCUGUCAAGGCAUCGGGCGUGGCUGGACUGUGCAAGAGGAAGAGUUUUCUUUGAAGACGACCAUCAAGGAGUAUUGGCGUAUUAUGGGAUCAAGCCUAGCGUCUCAGCAACGUUCGUCACAGCAAUGAGAGCAGAGAGAGCCUUAGUGGACGGCGAGGUCUACUUGGUAUCGCUUACGUACAUCGGAGAGGAGACAGGAAAGGAAUUGAGAAUGGAAGACAUUCCAGUGGUCCAAGAGUUUAAAGACGUGUUUCGGGCGUUAACGGAGUUACCACCACCUCGGAGUAACCCGUUCACCAUCAACUUAGAACUGAGCGCUGCACCUAUCGCCAAGGCACCUUACCGCAUGGCACCAGCAGAGUUAGCAGAGCUCAAGAAGCAGUUGGAGGAUUUACUAGACAAAGGUUUCAUCAGACCGAGUUCUUCACCUUGGGGAGCUCCGGUUUUGUUCAUCGACGACAUACUCAUCUACUCACGGAGCGAGGAGGAGCACAAGGAGCAUCUGAGGAUGGUACUUGAGAGACUAAGAGACCGGAAGUUGUUUGCUAAGCUCAGCAAGUGUCGAUUCUGGAAGAGCGAGAUUGGUUUCUUAGGUCAUAGAGUUUCCAAGGAAGGAGUUUCGGUGGAUCCAGAGAAGAUUGAAGUCAUUCAGAAGUGGCCUUGUCCAACCUUAGUAACGGAGAUCAGAAGAUUCCCCGGAUUGGCAGGCUAUUACCAAAAGUUCCUGCAAGCUUUCUCAUCAAUCGCAAAACCUUUGACAUGA